AUGGGUUCCUACACCUUAUUCUCUUCCAUUCUCUAUUUUUUCCUCCUAGCUACAUUGGUCACAUCUUCUCCAUUCCUAUCAUAUGACAUAUUUGAUUCUGGUGCAUCCACUAGUCGUUCCCUCUUACAAGCUAAGAAUGCUUGCACACUUGAUUUUGAGAGCAAGAACUUCACAAUCCUAACAAGUCAAUGUAAAGGACCACAAUACCCUGCAAAGAUUUGUUGUGAUGCAUUGAAACAAUUUGCUUGUCCAUUUGCUGACAACAUCAAUGACUUGUCAACUGAUUGUGCUGAAGUUAUGUUUAGUUACAUAAAUCUUUAUGGAAAAUAUCCACCUGGAUUAUUCGCUAAUGAGUGCAAAGAAGGAAAUUUAGGGCUUGAAUGUUCAGAUGUUAAGAAUACUACUACUUCUAGUAGUGUUCUUGUGGCUGCUCCCCACUCUAUGAAGAUGGUUUCAAUUAUUGGUUUUGUUGGAUUUGUUUUCCAUUUGUUUUGA